CGGCGCAGUCCCCCGUCGACCCGUCGACCCUUCUCGCCCUCUCACGUGUUCUUCUUCUUAGCACCAUCAUCAUCUGAGCCCCCGCCGGACUCCCCGCCCAGCCCCAGUCCCUGCCCCUCCCCCAGAUUCUCAAAAGAACGCAAGCGCGCUUGUCAUCUCGGGGCCUGUCGUCGUCCUCGUCGUCCUCGUCGAGACCGCGGCAGCGUCCAAGUGUAGCAACCACCGAUCGGACAGAAGGACAGGCACUCCGAGAGAGAGAGAGAGAGAGAGAGAGAGAGAGACUCGGCGCUCGAGCACGAGGAGCGCACGAGCGAGUGCCCAAGGCUGCGAGGCUCGAGGGCGAGGGCGGAGGAGAUGAGGAGGCAGGCACGCGAGCAGGGAGCGCAGGAGCGAAGGAGGAUUGUGGGGAGGGAGCGCAGCUGGAGCUGCUGGUGCUGGUGCUGGAACCGCGAAGGAUAAUUGUGCGGGGGAUUGGAGCGGAUUGGAUACAGGGGAAAUUGGAAUCUGGGAGUCGAGUGGUCGAGACCUCGCUCUGUUCGGGUUCAUGGUGGUGGUGUUGUUGGGGGAAUUCGGGGUCUGAGUGCUCUUAGCUGCGGCAGGGCGGAGUUGCCAAGGUGGUGGUGGUGGUGGUGGUGGUGGGAGGAGGAGGAGGAGGAAAGGGUUCCAGUGGCAAAGAAGUGUGGAUCAAUUGCACAGUUUGGUGAGUGGAAUUUGUUUCUGAUACUCUGUUGCUCGUUGUGCUUUCGGAAUCCACACGCGAGCGUUGGUGAGCAUGAUGUCGGGGUUUUGUGCACGGAAACAGAAUUUGGUUUUGUGGAGGAUGCGUGGAUGCUUGAUGUUCCUUCUAGAUGCGUUUCUGGGAUGGGAGAAAUAGGCCAGUGCGGAUCAAUCUGAAGGGCAUUGCAUGUCGAGCUUCUGUGAUGAAUCAGAAAACGUUUCUCGCUGACUGCAAAGCUACACAGGGCAGUCCACCGAGAGAACCAAUAAUUUUUCGCUGUCGAAUUGCUUGAUUGCAUUCUCCCUCCCGAAGCAAUUUUGGACGGAGAUCCACCCAUCUUACAGUUUUUGUGGAGAUCUCGAAUGCCUGAGGACAGCAAUCUUUCGAAGUGUGGAAGACAGAGGCAUGGAUAACUAUGGGGGUGGAGAUGAUAUGGCAUUGGGGAUUGUGUCCAGAGAUCCAGCAGAACUCUUUGAAUCCAAUUGCUCUACCAUCAUAGUUAAGAGGGAGUACUGUAGCAAGGACGACGAGGAUUUCGUAGACGUGAACGGUCCUUUUCUUUGCAUCAAAAAAGAAAAGGAUGACAUCGAUCAUCCAAUUCUGCUCACCAACGAUGUCGAUACUUCUCAAAUCUUCGAAGUUAAACCUCUUGAUCCGGAAAUAGGUUCGGAGCAGCAAAUUGGGAGCAAUGGCGAAUUGCUGGUCGUUUGGCAGGAGAGGGAACCCUCGGCCGAGAGAGGCAGCGAACGUUUAUGGGUCAGGAAGGAUCCACAAUGUGAAGUGUGGUCGUGCAAAAUGUCUGCCACUUACGGUCACUCCACAGGGCCCUCCCGCUGUUCUCAGCACAGGGAGGCUUGGAUGGUCAUGUUCGGUCACUGUGCAGUUGAUGGCUGCACAAAAUUUGGAGUGGUUGUUUCGUCCGAAGAUGAACCUGUGAGAUGCGAAGCUCAUGCAGCAACAACAGAGGAAACGGUUUUAAGACCGAAACAAACAUCCAGGCCUUUGGAACAUCUUGCAGGCUUGAGUAGAGUUGGUCCAUCGGGUCUUGGUUUAGGGUUAGGGUUAGGAGAUGAUAGCAGGGCGCACGAAGUUUCAUCUGCAAGAUCCCAGGUUUUAGAUUCUGGCCCUGUUAUAGGAGAAAGCUCUGCAAAUGCUCAAGAUGGUCAAGUAGUUGCCGAGAUUGGAAGUGUUCCACCUUCUGGCAAUCAUCCCAGUCCACCUGAGCUGAAUGGAACUCCUCACUUGUCAGUGGAGGCCGAAAUCAACAGGUUGAAGGAGGAACAUGAAGGACUUAGGCAGAGGAUGGUCCAGAUAGAGAUCGAAUUGGCUCGUCUCGAGGGAAGUCGAAAUCGGGAGUCUCAGGCACAGGAAGCACCAGCGAAGAGAGCAGUGCAACAGCGACCUCGUCAGUUAGCAACAUGUCAAGAAACCCCUACGUCGAAAGUCUCAGCAAAUAUGAAUGAUGGAAAAAAUGGGUCGAGUCCAAGUAAUGCUCCGGGGAAGGUAUCGUUGGAUGGUUAUAACUGGCGCAAGUACGGAGAGAUGACUGUCCCGGGCCAUACUCUACCCCGUGUCUUUUAUGGCUGCACGAAUAUUGGAUGCAUCGCACGUAAAAUUGAAGAACGCACUGACGAGGGCAACGUAAGACAUUUCUAUGAAGGGGUGCAUAAUCAUCCUCAACCAGGGAAAAGCUUCCCUCGCCCUGUUUCGAUUCCUCACUGGAAAAGGAGAAAGAGACAUCACACGGUUUGUACAGAUUAAUAUCCUUGUGGUUGAGGAUGGAAGCUUAACUCCAGGUUUUAAACUUUCGGGUUUAAUCAACUCAUUGUGUGCCUGGUCCACAGUUGUGGAGGUGCUUGACGACGGUCAUUACAAAACGAAUAUGUGUUUUCGUAAUAUCUGUGUGGAGAGAAAUCAUAACCUUCAGGUUCAUACUCGUCCAUCCAUGGCAAUUUACCACAAUUUUGACCAAUCCGUCCAGCAAGUUCGUAAAGUUCUCGCUUCCACGAAGUGGAGAUUCAAGAAUGUGAACUCUCGGUCGCCAGGAUCUUCUGGUUUAAGGAGGGACUGGAGGUGACUCUGAGACAGUGCACCUCUGGCUUUGCACAUCGGAACUGCUGGAAACUUACGGAAGUAGUUUUAAACUGAUGAUUCGGGACUUGCUGUACAGUCGAUCAUUCUUUGUAUCAUUCACAAUAUUAUAAUCGUAAUCGUACUUACUCUGGGCAAGUUGCGAUUCAAAAGUUGUCUGAUUAUGGUUGAGUACUGUCGUUUCUUAUAUGCAGCGAUUGUCUCUAUCCAUCGUUUCUAUGGGUGCUAUCGCUAUGAAGAUGAAGCAUCGAAAUGUACCUACGUUUAGAGUAUUGGAAACGAAGUGGAAGAAACAGAUUCCUUCGAGGGAGGUCCGAGAAUCUGUGAAGGCAGACAUGGUUAAAAUUGAAGCAUACUCAGGGGAAUAGUAUAGACAGGACUCAAGGAUCUACUGGCUGAUAUGGAGCCACAGUGAUGUAAAUACUGCAUAUUGGGGGAUAUGGUGCAGAAGGAGAACCUGGGUAUACGUUUGCAGCAGUCAGGAGGAAUGAAAGCAGUGAACUGGCACCAGAAUGCGGGAUUACCAUGUAAGCACAUCUAACAUUUACGUGGUAAUUACAUUGGACGAAGCUGGAUUACUGUCUGUUCGUUCCAGUCCGAAGUUUCUUUGUAUGAGCCUAGUGGCAGUGGUUCAAAACUAUGGCGAAUAAACAAAUGUAGGGAGUAUUCAGAGGCUUUGAUGCCAGUGAAGGGCGACCGAUCGUCUUUGCGGGAGUUGGCAGAUUUUUGCAAAUCUGUUGCCAAAGUGAGUACUUGUAAUCUUCCCACCAGCUGUACUGGAAAUCCCAAAUUUGAAAUGAAUAUUGUUUUCGAAUACAACUUG